GCUAUGCUAAUGUUGUUGAUAUCCUGGGGCCACCCGAGUUAAAGGGGGGAAAUCCGGGGGUUGCCGCCGCCGCCACCGGUCUGGGCCCAGUCGGGGCCCCCCCUGUAGUCGCCGUAGUCCCGGGGAGAGGCGCCUGCCCCCAGCUCGGGAGGGGGCGCCGCGGGCCCGGGGAGCACGGACAACCCCUACCCAUGAGGCCCUGAUGGAAAACACAAAGGAUCUGAGUCGGAAGAGACAUUAGAGGUCACCCAAAGCAGCCGUCCCCUGUGCAGCCUCUCUGACAAGUGCUUUUCAGGUUCAUACUUAAGGAUUCAUAACUUUCUUCUGAAGAACUGAAAGCGCAUUCAUGUGAAUUAUUUUAUUUUUCAAACAUCCUUCUUGUGUGACUGAACAUUCUUCACGAUCCGAAAGGAAAAGAAGAGACUCUUUCGGGAUGUUUGACGGUUAUGAUAGCUGCAGUGAGGACACGAGUAGCAGCUCCAGCUCUGAGGAGAGUGAAGAGGAAGUUGCUCCUUUACCUUCUAAUCUGCCAAUUAUCAAAAACAAUGGCCAAGUGUACACAUACCCAGAUGGUAAAUCUGGCAUGGCUACCUGUGAAAUGUGUGGGAUGGUUGGUGUGCGAGAUGCUUUUUACUCUAAAACAAAGCGUUUCUGCAGUGUUUCAUGUUCAAGAAGUUACUCGUCAAACUCCAAGAAGGCAAGCAUUUUGGCCAGACUUCAGGUAACGGGUAAGCCUCCAACAAAGAAAGCAAAAGUUCUUCAGAAACAACCUUUAGUUGCUAAACUAGCUGCAUAUGCUCAGUAUCAAGCUACCUUGCAAAAUCAAGCAAAGACUAAAUCAGUAGCAGUCUCCAUGGAAGGUUUCAGCUGGGGUAACUACAUCAAUAGCAAUAGCUUUAUAGCAGCUCCAGUUACCUGCUUUAAACAUGCACCUAUGGGGACCUGCUGGGGUGAUAUCUCAGAAAAUGUGAGAGUAGAAGUUCCCAAUACAGACUGCAGCCUACCUACCAAAGUCUUCUGGAUUGCUGGGAUUGUAAAAUUAGCAGGCUACAAUGCCCUUUUAAGAUAUGAAGGAUUUGAAAAUGACUCUGGUCUGGACUUCUGGUGCAAUAUAUGUGGUUCUGAUAUCCAUCCAGUUGGUUGGUGUGCAGCCAGUGGAAAACCUCUUGUCCCUCCUAGAACUAUUCAGCAUAAGUAUACAAACUGGAAAGCUUUUCUAGUGAAACGACUUACUGGUGCCAAAACACUUCCUCCCGAUUUCUCACAAAAGGUUUCAGAGAGCAUGCAGUAUCCUUUCAAACCUUGCAUGAGAGUAGAAGUGGUUGACAAGAGGCAUUUGUGUCGAACACGAGUGGCAGUGGUGGAAAGUGUAAUUGGAGGAAGAUUAAGACUAGUGUAUGAAGAGAGUGAAGAUAGAACAGAUGACUUCUGGUGCCAUAUGCACAGCCCAUUAAUCCAUCAUAUCGGUUGGUCUCGAAGCAUAGGCCAUCGAUUCAAAAGAUCUGAUAUUACAAAGAAACAGGAUGGACAUUUUGAUACACCACCACAUUUAUUUGCUAAGGUAAAAGAAGUAGACCAGAGUGGGGAAUGGUUCAAGGAAGGAAUGAAAUUGGAAGCUAUAGACCCAUUAAAUCUUUCCACAAUAUGUGUUGCGACUAUUAGAAAGGUGCUGGCUGAUGGAUUCCUGAUGAUUGGGAUCGAUGGCUCAGAAGCAGCAGAUGGAUCUGACUGGUUCUGUUAUCAUGCAACCUCCCCUUCUAUCUUCCCUGUUGGUUUCUGUGAAAUUAACAUGAUUGAACUUACUCCACCCAGAGGUUACACAAAACUUCCUUUUAAAUGGUUUGACUACCUCAGGGAAACUGGCUCCAUUGCAGCACCAGUAAAACUAUUUAAUAAGGAUGUUCCAAAUCACGGAUUUCGUGUAGGAAUGAAAUUAGAAGCAGUAGAUCUCAUGGAGCCACGAUUAAUAUGCGUAGCCACAGUAACUCGAAUUAUUCAUCGUCUCUUGAGGAUACAUUUUGAUGGAUGGGAAGAAGAAUAUGAUCAGUGGGUAGACUGUGAGUCCCCUGACCUCUAUCCUGUAGGGUGGUGUCAAUUAACUGGAUAUCAACUACAGCCUCCAGCAUCACAGUCAUCAAGAGAAAGCCAAUCAGGUUCAUCAAAACAGAAGAAAAAGGCUAAGUCCCAGCAAUACAAAGGACAUAAGAAAAAGAGGAAGAUGCCAUUUGGGAAGAAGCCUGUCAGUUUGUCGAGCCUGCCCAUGACAGGUGGGGUACGGAGGAGCUUCUCUGGUGGCGAAGAGUUGACUCCUCCUCCAUAUCGAACCCUUCCAGCACAGACUGCCCCGGAGGCCUUCCCACCUCCCCGCACUAGCCGAGAGUUCAAUCCCAGCCUCAAAACAGUGACUACAUUGCAGCUGAAGGAGGAGUUGAUAGAUGGAGAGGAUUAUAAUUUCCUCCAAGGAGCAUCUGAUCAGGAAAGCAAUGGCUCUGCCAACUUCUACAUCAAACAAGAGCCCUGAGGUUGCUCAGAAACUGAGGGUGGGAGGGAAAGAAUUUUACACAGGACUGAUUUAUAAUCAAUCCAGCUGUACAGCGGGGCUAUUCUACUGGGACAUUUUGCUAAACAUAGAAAAUUUCAGUUCCAGAUUUUUCAAGUGGGUAGGGAAACUAUUUUAGCUGUGGGGGGAAAUUUUUCAAUUUAUAAAGAUGGACAAUUUUUGUGUUGUAUUUGAAGCUUUUGAAAGAAUUUUGUAAUAUUUUCCAAGUUUGGAUUUAUGUGCAUUGUUAACAAGAACUGAAAUUCUAACUUUUUUGGUAAGAUUAAAGUUUAGGUAGCAGGAUUGAAGGAAAUGAUUUAAGAAGGAUAUAGUUGUAAAUGCAAAUGAACUGUCAUUACAAAUGAACCUUUUUGGUACCUGUUGGGAGAUUUUGGGAUUUUGGAAGUUAGGCCAGUCACAUCUCCAGCUUCCUCUGCUGCAGAAUAGGCAACUGAACAUCCCCCCCAUCCCCGCCCCACGGAGAGCACAUCACCACAUAGAUCACGGAAGGGUAAUUAAUUCUGCUUGUUGGCAUUUUAUUGCAGCCCAUUUUAAAUAUUUGUACAGAAAUGUUUUUCAUUCUGUGAAAAUUUCUUUGGAGUUCUGUAUGAAACUGGAAGAACUCUGGAUACUUUUAUAUGUUCUCUUUUAAUUAAAAAAUGAGGAAAAUUAUCCUAACACUAAAGCAUUAAACUGGAAUGGUUGACAAGAUAUACAAGAUCUCAGUCUACAUGUUGAGGGGUUGGGGAAAAUGCAAUAUUGUCCUAAGUUUAUUUUAUUUUCCUUACUAAAAAAUACCCCACAAAAGGGAUUCUCAUCAGUUCUCUGCCAUUUCUCUCCAUCUGUGAGAUAAUACUUGGUAUAACCACGCCCCAAAACACAUGUUCUGUAUUACCAGGAGAAUCAAAUUAACAGUUGUUUAAAGCCAAGAUAAGUUUAGAUUUCAAAAUCAUUCCAGCUCUGCUUUUAACUAUCCUGGAUUUGUUAGAAAACUAAUUUGAAAGAGAAUUUAAUUUUCUUAAAAUUCCAUAUAUAUAUAAUUAGUAUGAAUUGUCUUUAACUCUAUUCAGAAUUAAUUUUAACAAUAAUAACAGAUUUGGACCAUUUUGAACAUUCCCUAUUUUAAAAUUCACAUGGCUUCCUUUGAAAAAAGGAUAUAAGGGUAAAUUGGUGAAAGGUUUGCUCUCUGCAUUUUUUGACUUUCUGAGUUGUGACUGAAUGAGAGAGCUUUAGCAUUUACCAGUGAGGUUCAUAAACUAAACUCUCAGGAAUUACUUGCAUCUGUUCUAGAAGUGCUUCUGGGUCUUAGCCUGGCCUCUUCAGAGUGGUAAUAUUGACCAUCUCCUCUGGAAUAUAGGUAGGGCUAAUUAGAAAUUAAUCAAAAUGAUUAACCUCUACAGUCCUUCAGCCUAUGGAAUGCUUUAAAAAAUGUUAAUGGAAAGCCCCAGGACACCAUUUUAGCUAAGAUUUUUUUUGUUUGAAUUUUAAAAUGCAUAGAACAUUAAAAACCAGCAAUUUAUUUUCUAAAAUAUUGCUCUACUUUUGGGAAUAAUAGCAUUGGUAAUAUGCACAGGUUUACCUCAUUCUAUGCAAGAGGGGUUAAUAUCAUAAGGUUUUGUAGUUGCUACUGGAAGUAAAAUUUGUUACUUUAUAGUGUAAGAAUGUAUGGAAUCGCAUGUCAACAUUUCUUAAUACUGACUCUUUAGGGGCAUAAAUGCAGAUCAUAUCAACGCCAAGUUGAUUCUCAUGUGUCAGAUAUAUGUGAAUUCAGCUGUUAAAUUACUGGAUAUUUAUCUUAAACAACAUUACUGAGAGGGACCUACUGUAAAUGUGACAUCCUCACACUUCCCAAAUCUUUAACUUUUAAGAAUCUUCCUGUAAACUUAAAGCCUGGAAGACUUCCAAAAAGCAAGGGUUACAACAAUCUUUAUUCUCAGGCUUAGUGAAUUAAACCCAGGACUCCGAUUCCAUGAUAUGGACACAAGAAGCCAGUUGUAUCGUGUGCUCUAACAGUGCCCUGGGCUUAGGGGCUCUAUAGGGAACUGAAUAAACCAGGAGGGAUUUGAUUUGGAGCCUGGUAAUUAGUUCUGUGAAAUGCUCAUUUGUAGCCAGGUUUUAUAAGCUUCCAGUUCUACAGCAAAGCCAUGCUCUGAGUGUUUUCAGAUUUCCCACCUAUUUAUGAAGUGUUUCGUGUCUUAAUCCCAUGACCAACGUUAAAUGUUGGUAAGGACUUCCUACCGAAUAAACACAAUCUGAAGCCCUCUUCAUUGUUCAGACUCUAACUCCCUGCUGCCGAUGAACAGAAAAUGAGUUGAUGCAGAGGAGAUUUAUGUCUUAGCCACAACUCCAAGUGUACAACUCAGUAGCCCCAUUCUCUUCUACGGUUCAAAUGUACUGCUGACCUUGGGUUUCUUUUGUUUUUUUCCUGUUAGGAUUAUUUGGGGAUUUUUGGUAGUUUAAACUCUUUAACCUUUUCCUUGCUGUGUAUGAGGAAAGCUAAAGCUGUUAUCAACUUCUUAUUCUACGGAUACUAACACGGGUUUUCAGUGUUUGUUUGUUUUUAUUAUUAUUAAUUUUGUGUGAUGUGAAUACCCUCUCCCAUCAAUAUUUGUAUUAUGGUGCUAUAUAUUUGGUAAUGAUCCUUUACUAUUGGGAAGGGAUUUUAAAAAUACUGUGAUUAAACUGGGUUUCUUCCUUUGAUUUUCAUAUUUUAAAUAAAGCCACAGUCAUUUAUACAAAAGAAAAGUAUCUGUCCCUGGGCAAAUCUUUUGAGGACAGAGGUCAAAGUAAACUGCAUAAGGUUUUUACAUCAUUUCUGUAUGUAUUUGAUAAAUAGAUCAAUAUCUGUACAAAUUUAAUCUUUUAUUUUCUUGGUAACUUGUGAUCAUUGAGAAAGUGUUUGAAACUUUCUCGUAAAGUGUAUAUAAU